AACAGACCUUCUACUUUUGCGAACAGCUGUUAGACUUGAGUUGAGUCACAGUCAUCGUCUGUUCAGGAUCAUAUUCACGCCCUCUCUCUCUCUCUCUCUCUCUCUCUCUCUCUCUUACUUUGUGUCUUUCUAUCUCUCUCUUCAAUUCCAAAACCCUACCCCCAUCCAAUUCCAAUUCACCCUCAAUCAUGGGUUCUGAAGGUUCCACUGUCGUCGUUCCUAGGAACUUCAGAUUAUUGGAAGAGCUUGAGAGAGGUGAGAAGGGAAUUGGAGAUGGAACUGUUAGCUAUGGAAUGGAUGAUGCUGAUGAUAUCUACAUGCAGUCCUGGACUGGGACUAUUAUUGGCCCCCCUGGUACUGUUCAUGAAGGGCGUAUAUACCAGCUGAAAUUAUUUUGUGGCAAGGAUUAUCCAGACAAUCCACCAACUGUUAGAUUUCAGACUAGGAUUAACAUGACUUGUGUCAACCAAGAAACUGGAGUGGUUGAGCCACAUUUGUUUCCUAUGCUUGCUAAUUGGCAAAGAGAGUGUACAAUGGAAGACAUUUUGAUGCAAUUGAAGAAAGAAAUGAUAUCUCCACAAAAUCGGAAGCUAGCUCAGCCACCUGAAGGCAAUGAAGAUGGCAGGAUUGACCAAAAGGGGCUUGCUCUGAGAUGUUGUGUCAUGUAAUUCAGAAUGCAUGUGUUCUCUACAGAAGGAAUUGGAUCUUGCGGCUGUGUUUUGUUUUGUGGAAGCAACAAGAUCUGGUGUUGAAGAGUGGUGUUGAAGAAGUGGUGUUUGAGCUGCAUCAUAACCCUCAAAAUGCAAUAAUUGCAGACAAUCCAACAUGCUACAUUUCCAUAUAGACCUUCAAAUUAUUUUCACUACAUUGUUGGCUAAUGGUGUGGGAGAGGAGGCUGUGUUGGAUGCAUAGACAAUAGACAAUCAAGUAAAAUUCAAUCCAUAAAA